UUCUACUUCCUUCUCUGCACGUCGCCACAUCACACUUGUGCUCGUAGCACUCCUCCAUCUCUCAGUCGCUAGCACACAGAUCAGAGAUUGGAGUCCAAACACGGGAAAUGAUUUCAAAUUCAUUCUAAUUUGAAAUCCUUGCAAAUUCGGGGUUCCAAAUAGAGGCUCAAGCGGCUUUCACGAAUCUGGACCUGCCGUUAAGGCCAGCCAAUUAACCAUGGCUGCAAAAAUUCUUGCCAAUUUAAUUGUUAUGGGCUCUGGGAUACUUGCUAGGGCCUUUGUUCAAGCCUAUCGUCAAGCCCUUGCAAAUGCUUCAAAGUCCGGUGUUGCUCAAGAAACAAUACAAAACACAGUUCGCAGAGCAAGCAAAGUGAUGACAGAGCAAGAAGCUAGGCAGAUUCUUGGGGUCACCGAGGAAACGCCUUGGGAGGAGAUUGUGAAGAAAUACGACACUUUGUUUGAAAGGAAUGCCCAGAACGGAAGCUUUUAUCUUCAGUCAAAAGUUCACAGAGCCAAGGAGCGAUUAGAGACUCUCUAUCAGAGCAAAGAUCAGGAUGCCCCUAGCUGAGCGUUUUGAGGAAUGUGUUAUGUUUUGCACUUUUACUGCUCUUGUAUAAUUAUUAAUUUUGAUAAUGGCGGGCAUGAAUGAUGAAAUUGAUGUAUAAUCUUUAUUUUUACAUACCAUUUUCCCUCUAAGUCAAGCUGGUGGGUCUUGAAAGUUGAAAGUAAUACAGUUACGCAACAAUAAAUUAUCCUUUAUCCAGGGAUAUAAUAGCUUUUGACAAUUGCAUUCA